GGGGGCCCGAGUUUGUGGUUUCAUAUUUUCUCAUAAAGGAUAGACAUACUUACCGAUCUAUCUAUAAAGAGAAAGACCGAUAUAAGGGAGAGGGAAACCGGACGAUCUAAGAAACCGAUUCACCCAGCGACGAAUUGGCAUGCGCUGUGGUAGCUUCCUGCACGCCUCUUCACUGCGGGCGACUGGGCCACUGCUUCUAUUCGGGGCAAAGCGGUCGUGGUGGGGGGGGCGGCGGCGCCGCGAAAAGGACCUCGCGGCCGCCCAGCGGCGCUACACGGCUGCGCAGCUGUUCAUCCAGAAUGCCGCCGCCGGGCUGGGGGAAAACACCGCCACGGGCGAAUUUCACAUGGAAGGGGAUCCCGACAACGCCGGGAAUCGGCACCCAAGUGGGGGCUUUGAGGCCAACAUACAGAGCGCCAUGAAGGAGAACUCGAUCGAUGAAUUUUUUCUCCAGCAUCGGCCCAACCUCAAGGAUGGAAAUCGGCUUCCUCUGAUAUAUGAGAUCGAGGCCCGGGAGCGAGCCCGGCGCCAGGCUGAAUUCGGAGUGAAAACCCAAGAGACGCACAACGAGCACUAUGACGAGUGGAAUAUGCCGCGCGAGCCGCUGAACCCCAAUCGCCCGCACGCCGACUGGGAAUUUGAACCGACGCCGGAGCACAAAUCCCUUGUUUUACUCCUCUAUCGGAACGUACUGAAAGGGCUGGUGAAUUUUAAGAGUGUGCGCAGGCGGAGUCUGAUUGCCCACGCGCGCUUUGCCUUUCGCCGGCGCGCGAAUGCCACUGAGAAACUUUUGAUUGACGAGUGUGUGGAGGAGUGCCGACGGGCAAUUUAUGUUAUCGAAAAGCACCACAACUUCACACGUACACAAACCUACGAAUUUGAUACCAUGACAAUGCCAAAGAAUACCGGGCAGGACGUGAAAACGUACAUGGAGGAGAUCUACGACCCGGAGGUUUCUCGGAUGCAAUUCCAGAACUUCACAGACGUGCAACCCGGGAAAGAGCACCUACACAAACAGACUUUUGGACCGGCUAGCGGUAAGAACCACUGGAAAAGACAGCAAUCGGUAAGCCAAUAUAAUAUCGAAUUGCGAGAGGAGGAUAGAUCGCUGCGUCCACCUCCUCCACCAGAAAUGUCGAAUUAAUAGUAGGGUGGUGGGUGAUGUAGAUUGGAUAGACGCUUGGUUAUGGAUUUGUAUGACUUUCCUACGCUCUAGUUUGUUUGUUUAAUGGUAUAUAUAGAGAGAGCGCGAUAUAUAUAUAUAUAUAAACUCCAAACCGCGUCUUUCCAUCUUGUAGUUUCUAUCGUUUUGCGCAUUCACAGCAGCAAUGCGAAAAAAGGUGAAAAAUAUCGCUAAAACUACUAUGAAAUGUUUCGUUUCAUAUAGUCCUAUACGAGAGUUGCUUUUGUGUUCACUAUUCA